ACAUAAGAGCCAGACCAGUAAGAGGAGAGAAUACCAGCUAUAAUCCAGAUACAGACAGAGUGCGGGAUUUGCUGUAAGCCAUUACGAUCUCUGGAGUCUUGGCCCAGUCCAGCUUCCAUGUGGGUGUUUGAGAAGAUCCGCGUCUCUGUGGAACGAACAAACCUGUCGCUCUCCAUAGCAGAGUACAGCUUCAAGCUGGGUGACGGCAUGUUUGGGGAGAGACCGUCUCCCGAAAAGGGCAAGAAGACCCCCUUAUGUCCGAAUGUUAUCACCCCAGACACCAUUCCUGAGUUUUGCAUACCUCCGAAGAUCAGCUCCCAGCAUGAAGAGCGGGGGGGCGACACUGUCAAGCCAGGUUAUGGUCUUAAGUGCAGGGCUCCACGAGACCUGCCAAUGAGGGAUGUGUUCAGCUCACAUAUCAUCCAGGUGGAGGCUGUGGAUGAGGCUCCCCAGGACAAUGGGUACAGCGAUGAGGACAGCACCAACGCAGACCCCCAGAGCCAGGCUGCCCUCUCACUCCCUCAUCUCCCAAAGGCACACACCUGUUACGGCUUUUGUACCUUACUAGAGAGCCCACACACCAGGAGGAAGGAGUCGCUGUUCCACAGUGAUCCAGCUAUCUACAGCCUCCCGUUCACGCCCCCCCCCGCAGGCAGGUCCCAGGUCAAGCUGCUCACCACAGGCUCCUUGGCCAGGCUCGGUGGCCUGACCUCCAAGCUCUCUCCCCGAGGACUGAUGCUGGGCAGGCAGGGCACCCUGGACAGUGACACCACCUCUUCAGCGGAGUCGUCCCCCUUCAGCUCCCCGCUCCUGGUGCGACCAUGUCCCCGGGGAUCCCUCUUCAAGGCCCUGAGCCGUGAGAAGCUGGUGUGCAGGGGUCCUAGGAGGACCGCUGCGUUUCGCAACGACUCGUUGUCCACUGACGAGGGUAGCUCCACGGACAACAGCCCCAACGUCCUGCGGAGAGCGUCGGAGGGCCCAGUUGACCAGACCUUCAGCCUAGCUCCUCCUGUCAUCUUCCCCACAGAGUUGGAGCUCUACAGGGACCGAGUACUGAGAGAAAGUCGCGUCCCCCUGGGCCGGGAUGGUGCCCUCCGGCUGUCCGCCGAAUACAGCGCUGAGAACCGCCGGUUCCGCGUUCGCCUCAUCAGCGCAGAGGGCCUGUACACCCCCUCAGUGAACCCCCGAGGCAUCAGCUGUACAGUCAGCCUCUCUCUCCUGCCUGGGAGGGUCCAAAAACAGCGCAGCACGGUCAUCCGGAAGAGCCGGAACCCCAUCUUCAAUGAGGAAUUCUUCUUCGACGGCGUUUCUGAAGACGACCUCUACUGCAGGUCCCUUCGCUUCAAGGUGAUCAAUAAAAUGUCCAUGAAAAGAGACUAUACCCUGGGACACUGUGAGAUACCCCUGUCCAGCAUCGUGACCCUGUAAUCAUAUACAGUCUGGAAUGUUCUAUUUAAAAACACACACUCGUACCUAUGAGAAUUUAUUUAUA